AUGGUCCCACCGACGACGUUUGGGGAGGUCGCUGGGCGGAACGUUUUUGCGGGGAACCAUGUCUCCGGUGGCAGCCUGAACGUCACCAUCCACGAACCGAGUCACUUGCCGCGACGGCGCGAACCUUUCUCAACGGUACCUUUUCUACCCGAUCCCGACUUUAUCGAGCGGACAGACGUUGCGACGUGGCUGCACGAUACCCUUAUCCCGGCAGGCAGCCGUGCUGCGCUUGUCGGCCUAGGAGGUGUCGGGAAAUCUCAACUGGCCAUCCAGUAUGCGCAUCGGAUUCAACAGCAGACACCGGGCACGUAUGUGUUUUGGGUACACGCCGGCACGCGAGCGCGGUUCGAGGAAGCCUAUCGCAGCAUCGCAGACUCGCUGGAGCUGCCGCGGCGCCACGACCCCGGUGUCGAUGUGCUUCGUCUAGUAUACGACUGGCUGUUCGACGUGGACAAUGGGCAGUGGUUGAUAAUAGUCGAUAAUGCGGACGAUAUCGAUGUUUUUUACCCAGAAAACCACAAUCAAACCGCAACGGCUGCAUCGACGCAACGACCGCUGGCGUCGCUUUUACCGCAAAGCAGCAACGGCAGGAUCCUAGUUACCUCGCGGAGUAGAGAUGUCGCGCAACGGUUAGUGGGCAGUAGCUGGAGUAUCCGAUUAAUGCAGCCGAUGGAUAAGGGUCAGGCAUUGCAGCUACUUCGGAAGAAGCUCCGGGAUAAAUACGAAGACGAGCCAGCUGCAUCUUUAGUCCGUACGCUUGACUAUAUACCUCUGGCGAUUACCCAAGCAGCCGCGUAUAUACUCCGACGAUGGCCACGAACUUCGUUUUCGACAUAUCUCGAACAGUUUCGAAGUAGCGAGAAGAAGAGAGAAAGUCUGCUCCACAAAGAUUAUGGUGAUCUCCGGCGUGAUGCAGAAGCGACAAAUUCGGUAGUGUUGACAUGGCAGAUCACAUUCGAACAGAUCCAAAAGGAGCGACGGUCGGCAGCAAAUUUGCUCUCGUUCAUGAGCUUUUUCCAUGCGCAAGGCAUCCCGGAAUGGAUACUCCACAACUAUUCUAUGAGGAGACACGAGUAUGAGGGCAGUGCUCUCGAGGACGGCGGGGACGGUAACGACAGUACAGACUCAGAUGAACUACUAGACGAUGAUCUAGAGACGCUACGAGCUUACUCAUUGGUGGGGUUUACUGCCCAGCAAAAUGCAUAUGAGAUGCAUGCGCUUGUGCAGCUCUGUACGCGUGUUUGGCUCUCCUCCGUCAACAGUAUGGAGAGGUGGAGGCACGUCUUUUUACGGGUUAUGUCAAAGGAACAUCCGGAUGGGGAACCUGAGAAUUGGAUGACAUGUCAACAACUGGAGCCCCACAUUGCCCAGAUCAUCGAAACGGAGCCUUUGACCACAGAGGGAAAGGAAAAUUGGGCGCAGUUAUUAAACAACGCGGCAUGGUAUAGAUGGCAGAUGGGACGGUAUGGCGCGGCAGAGGCGAUGCUGAGGAAGGCUGUGGAGAUACGAGAAAAGAUUCUGGGAGGAGACCGCAGCGAUGCACUCGAGGCACCUAGCAAACACCAUUUAGACAUGCUUAUAAGCGUUGACCUUCUUGCUAUUGUGCUUGAAAAACAAGGAAAAUACGAAGAGGCAGAACAGUUGCACCAACAGGCGCUUAAUGGCCGUGAGAAGGCUUUGGGCAAGGACCAUCCAGACACACUUCGUAGCGCCAGCAAUCUGGCUCUUGUAUUUGAAGAACAGGGAAAACACGAAGAAGCAGAGCAGAUGAACCGAGCGGUACUUGAUAGCCGUGAGAAGGCUAUAGGCAAGGAACACCCAGACACACUUAUAAGCGCUAGUAAUCUUGCUUGGGUGCUUAUAGACCAGGGAAAGCACGAAGAGGCAGACCAGUUGCACCGACGAGUAUUCGAUAGUCGUGAAAAGGUUUUAGGCAGGCAUCACCCAGAUACACUUGAUAGCGUUCAGAGUAUUGCUUGGAUGCUUGGAGACCAGGGGAAACACGAAGAAGCAGAGCAGCUAAAUCGACGGACAGUUGAUAGCCGCGAAAAGCUGCUGGGCAAGGACCACCCAGAUACACUUUCGAGUGUCCAGGAGCUUGCUUGGGUGCUUAAAAAACAAGGAAAAUACGAAGAAGCAGAGCAGGUGGGCCGACGGGCACUUGAUGGCCGCGAAAAGGUGCUUGGCAAGGACCAUCCAGAUACACUUUCGAGUGUUAAGGAGCUUUCUUGGGUGCUUAGAAAACAAGGAAAAUACGAAGAAGCAGAGCAGAUGGACUUAUGGCCCUUGAUAGCGGCGGAAAGGCGCUAG